ACGUCACGGGCGCUUGCUCGCUCUCCUCUUCCGCCCGCUCUGCGUCCAACGUCAUCGCGCGCCGUCCUUUGUCCUCCCUCCUCUUCUUCCUCUUGUCGCUGUCGAGUGACGUGUCCCUUCCUUUCCGUCCUGGGCUCGCGGCGCGUGAGGAGUGUUUCCUAUUUCACGUUGCCUGUGGCAAGUAAUCUUGAAAUACACCAUGCAGAACGACGCUGGGGAAUUUGUGGAUCUGUACGUGCCUCGGAAAUGCUCUGCAAGUAACCGGAUAAUUGGAGCCAAAGACCAUGCCUCCAUCCAAAUAAAUAUUUCUGAGGUUGAUAAAGUCACAGGCAGAGUCAAUGGCCAGUGCAAAACAUAUGCAAUUUGUGGAGCAAUCCGUAGAAUGGGAGAAUCUGAUGAUUCUAUUUUGCGCCUGGCAAAAAGUGAUGGUAUCGUUUCCAAGAAUUUCUAACUGAAGAAGCACAAUGAUAUGCAAUUUAUUAUAAAAUAAAAACAGGGAAACAUCUGG